UGUUGUUGUGGCAGCCUGAACAUCCGGGACUGAGGUUUCUACAGGCUCGCAGCAUCGCAUGACACAGCUUUUGUGUUUUGUAAUCAUCGAUUAAUUAUUUUUUUCUUCGAUGCCAAUGAACGAAGGGCAACAGCCGGUGUGUGUGGUGGACCAGAAGACAUUUUGAAUUGAGAACUAAUCUUAUGCUUGCUUUCUGUCCAAUGUCCUCGCUGACUGUCGCGUGUCCAGAGGAAGCUGAUUUAGUUACUGACGAAGUCGCUUGAUUAAUUAACCCUCUCGGCGCUGAGGCUUACUUUUUUGUGGUGUACCUCUGACAAGUCCCGAUGUCCCGUAGGGACUAGAGAUCGACAGCAAGUAAGCGGAUCAUGAAUAUGCCAAGAAAUGCUUUGUCAUGGAUGGUGGUUGUCAUGUGUGUUCUCUGCCUAAUGGCCUCUGUCUUCAUCUACGUACAGCACUAUAUACUCUCGACACCAACUAAACAUCAUUUCCCGCGAGACACAGUUCCGAAGUGCACUUCCCCAGCAGACCUCAAGGUAAGCAAGGCCAGCACGCCUUCCAUGCUGAGAUCAGGGCGAGAGGACAAUGCAACUGCAACAACGGUUGACUGUUCCCCCCACAUGGUGACCAACGGAAGCUACAGUCAACCACAACAACCGCAGCACACACAGGUAGCUCCACACAAAUUCAUCCACGAAACAUUCCGGAAAAUAAAGUCCAGUGGAGGACGGUUUCGUGUAGGCCGUGCAGACAAGCCAGGAGACGAUGGAUGGUUCUGGAGUCUGCUGACGUCACCACCUCCUACUGAUGUACCCCGUGUUUCACCGAGCAUGCUCAAAGCACGGGGUCAGAAGGUCAUACUGCUGACCUACGUCCGCAGUGGGUCGAGUCUAACAGCGGACAUCAUUGACCACAGCUCGGAUGUGUACUACGUCUUCGAGCCUCUCUAUAAGCUUGCAGACUACGCGAAGCACGUGAAGAACUGGUGAGACGAUAAACUAAUCAAAUGUAAACAAAUAGCAAAGGCUCACACGGAAAAUGCGGCAGUUGGAUAAAGGGAUUACAAAACAUUAGGAGAUAUUUCUUCCAUUUCCCUCAGAUUCUUGUUUUUGUUUUCGUUGAGAACGAAUAGUUUAAUCGUUUUUAUUUUGUAGAAAUGAGGGCUAACUCCUGUUUUUAAACCAAUUUUAGGAUUGGAGAAUGACUGACGUACAAUAUUUUCUAUCCUAUGGACACAAAAAUUACAUAAUCACAUGACACCGGCUA